AUGUCAUCCAUGAAUUUUCUUAUCACAAGAGGACGAGCUCGUAUCAUCAAACUGGGGUUAAGUAGUCCGAGCGCACGAACAUACCGGCCGCCGGCCGAUCCCCCAUCUCGAAGGAAUCGUUUGGCUCGAUUCUCCAGCUCACAGCCUAUCGCACUUUCCUCAGAACGACUCGAUCUCUUCACACCAGCUCGAGUUAGAGACGAGCCGACCGCAGAAAUCCUCGCAGAAGAGCUUCAAAAUCUUGCCGCAUCCAAUACCAUCGAAUAUAGACCCUACCAACAAGAUUCAUUGGAUGCCUGUUUGGAUGCAUUGAACCGGGGUGUCUCUAGGAUUGGAGUCAGCCUGCCCACAGGAAGUGGGAAGACGACCGUAUUCUUGAAUCUGAUUCACAAAAUCUCGGGCAAACGAGGCGAUUCUGAUGAAAUACCGUGGAGAUCGAUGGUUAUCGUGAACAGUGUCGAGCUUGCGCAUCAAACAAUACGUCAAUUGAAAAAACUGUUUCCCAAUACGUUGGUCGGUACCGAGCAAGGUGCAAAGCACUCAUCCGAAGACGCCGAGGUCGUUGUGGCAACUUAUCAAAGUUUACAUUCCAAAGGCCGAUACAGAAAAUUCAAUCCAGCUCACUUCAAAUGUGUCAUAGUUGAUGAAGCUCACCAUGCCUUAUCAUCCUCGUACUUGCAAAUACUUUCUUACUUCAAUCAAGAUAUUGAUCAUCAAAAUGCCUCUAAAUCCGAAAACUCUGAUAAAGUUGCAUCUUACCAAGUGCCAAUCAUUGGGUUUUCCGCUACGUUUUCAAGGCACGAUCGACUGGCCUUAUCGUCAGUUUUUGAAGAAAUUGUUUACCACUAUGAGCUGAGGGACAUGAUUCAGGCCGGCUGGCUUGCGCCUGCUCGAUUCACAUCUGUAAAGGUGGACAUGGAUCUUAGUCAAGUCGCACUGACAAGUGGCAAAGAACCAGACUACGUUCCGGAUCGAUUGGCUGAAGUCAUCGACACAGAUCCAAUCAAUCAACUUUUGGUCUCCAUUUAUCUCGAGCGAGCAGGGAGUCGAAAAUCGACUUUGAUCUUCACUGUCAACAUCCUCCACAUGUAUCGGUUGGCGAAUAAAUUUCGAGAGGCGGGGAUUGACGCAAGAGUAAUAUUUAGUGGCACUCCACCCGCGGAGCGUAAGAUACUACUGGAUGAGUUUAGAUCUUCAAAAUUUCCGGUUUUGGUCAAUUGCGCCGUCUUGACCGAGGGUGCAGAUGUUCCGAAUGUGGAUUGUGUUAUUCUGGCCCGACCGACCCGUUCACGGACUUUGUUGACGCAAAUGAUUGGCCGAGGAUUGAGGAAGUCCUCUGGGACUGGUAAAACGGAUUGCUUGUUGAUCGACAUUUUUGGGAGCGUCGAACGAGGUGUGAUAGUAAAUCCAUCGUUGGAAGGCCUUGACCCCACCCAAAUCGAUAAUUGGAACGCCAAAGAUUCAGAGCACUUGAAUAGCGCGGCGGCGGUUACUGAAAACUUGGAGGAAGAUGUUCCCGAGCAGACCUCUUCAGGAUCGGUCUCGGUAAACAGUUUCACCUACACCGAUUUCGACUCUCCUUUUAAGAAUGAACCGGACUAUAAAAACGCGGGAGAUCUCUAUCGACUGACGCGAUAUAGCUGGGUGGCCUGUGGCGAUGGAAUAUUUGUACUAGAGCUGUUGGGCCAAGGACACCUGCGAAUUCAAACAGAGCGAGAGGAGACGGGGGACAUACGCUACGUGAUAUAUUUUGUUCAUACGAUGCAGCGUACAAAUCCGACCAACAACGAUUCAAGUCGGAUAUUUACCAAGCCUCAAAUCGUCGGCACUGCAGAAACCAUUCCGGACGCGAUCAAGACUGCAGACGCGUUCUUAGGGCAAGCCACAAAAUCGAAAAAAUCUGGGCUGACAUUGGGUAUCAUUCGUAGCUUGGAAAGAAGAGCGUCAUGGCGUCGCUUGCCUGCCAGUGAACAACAAAUCACGAUCAUCAAGAAAAGGCUAGGGUCUAAAUUUUCUGGAGAACUCGUUCAGGAUUUCGAUCAUAUGGAUAAAGGACAGGCCGCGAAUCUAUUGACCAGAUUAAAUCACGGUUUUAAAUCUCGUCUGAGUCGGCAGCUUGUUCAAAACGCUCGGAUCCAGAAAGAGCUGCAAAGAAGGGACCAAUUACAGAUCAAAGUUGGAAAACUUAUAGAUCCUUGA